GUGAAAAGUGCAUUUUCAAUAAUAGUUUCUUAUUAAAAGCAAGAAAAAUUAAUUAAAUUUAUAUAUCGCAGUAAACUAAAUUAGUGAAAGUAAUAGAAAAUAUAUUAUGUUGAAUAUGAACAAAUAAAAUUAUAGAUAUAUCAAGAGAAAACAAACAAUUGUUAAAGAAAUAUCUGCGUGUUUUUUUGAAGAGCUAAAAAGGAAAAUUCGCGGGUUUAUUUUAAUUUAAUGGAGGAACGUGAAACUUUAUUGUUGGAGGAGAGUUUUUGCAGCAAAGUGGGCAAUAAUACAACUACAGAUGCUAUGGACAAGGAUGAUUCGGAUGUGUUUCAUAAUAAUCAACCAAUUGAUUAUAAAACACCCAAGAAAUCGUCGAUAUUAAUGGAUGGCGAACGUUUGUUGGAUAAAAUAAAUAUUUUGACAACAAAGCCAGAAAAUACUUCCACAUGUACCAAGUUACCAACUAUAAGAGAUUUUGUAAUUAUUAAACCCAUAAGUCGUGGUGCAUUUGGCAAAGUAUUUUUGGGCUAUAAAAAUAAUGAUCCCAAUAAACUGUUUGCCAUCAAAGUUAUGCGCAAAUCGGAGAUGAUCAAUAAAAAUAUGGUCUCCCAAGUGAUAACAGAACGGAAUGCAUUGGCACUUUCAAGAAGUCCAUUUUGCGUUAGUCUCUUUUAUUCAUUGCAAUCAGUAUCGUAUGUUUAUUUGGUCAUGGAAUAUAUGGUGGGUGGUGAUUUAAAAUCUCUACUGGCAAUGUAUGGCUAUUUUGAUGAGGCAGCAGCUCGAUUUUAUGUUGCUGAAGUGGCAUUAGCAUUGCAAUAUUUACACGAACAUGGUAUUAUUCAUCGUGACAUUAAACCCGAUAAUAUGCUGAUAUCUGCAACAGGUCAUGUUAAAUUAACCGAUUUCGGUUUGAGUAAAAUCCAAAUGAGAAGAGGAGAAAGAGACCUGGAAAUAUCAGAUCUCAUCAAUUGCUCUCCAAACUUAAAUGCUCGCACACCUGGUCAACUACUGUCUUUGACUUCACAUUUAUCAUUUGGUUCUGAAAGAAAACUAGAAUGUGGAACGGGAACUUCCAAUUUUAUAAAUGCCAUUAACAAACACAACUUAAUGGAAUCUUCCGAUAGCGAAGCUGACACUUCUCUAAACGAUGCAGAGAAAACAGAUGAAAGUAAAAUUUCUGGAGUUUCCCCUUUCUUUUCAGCCGAAGAAAUAAAUGUCUCUAUUGCUCACACGUGUAAUAAUAACAAUUUAAUGGAUAGUUCCUCCUCGUAUCAUACUUGUGCCUCUGUGGAUGUGAGUAAACAAUCGCCACCUUUAGAUCCAGCUUUGUGUAAUAAUAAAGUUUUAACACAACGUCGUGUUGAAUUCGCUGAAAAUAAUAAUAUAGCCAUAGAUGUCAAAAACUAUUGCAAUGGUUGCAAAUAUGAUAAUAAUACUAAGGGUUUUGAUAAAGAAAACAUCUGUAAUAAGAAUUUAGUUAAAGUGGAAAAUGCUGACGAUACUUCGUUUGAAUUUUCUAUGAUGCGUCGUCGUUCUAUUGAUGAGCGCAUACGUUCUUCAAAAGGACAAGAAGACUCUGGUGUUUCAAGUCGCAAAAGUGACUGUGAGUCUUCAAUCGAUAAAGUAGAAAAUUUGUGCAAUUCCCGUGACGAUUUCAGUUGUUCCGAUUAUUCAAAAAGCUAUAAUAUAAACAACACAAACGAAAUAAGCGGAAUACGUAUGCAUUCGCCAUUUCGCAAUAUAUCAAGGAAUUUUAAACGACCAGACUUUCAAAGCUCUUUUAGAGGCAUGAAACGUAAAAUAAACUUAAUAAAUCGUUCGGAAAACAAUUCAAUUUAUGAUGCAGAUGGUUAUAAUAAUGGCUCUGGUAGCACAGGUUUAACACAAGAAAUCGAUAUUUUGGAUAUUGGCUCGAGUACGCCGAAAAAACGUAAAGCCAAAUCGCCCAUUAGAGGCGUAUUGAAAGUACGUUCACUAUCCGAUGAUGAGAUGCCACAAUUGAUUAAUGAAAAUAUUGCUAAUGUGGUAUUUUCGACACCCGUUUCGUCUCAAAAGUUACCAAGACGUGAUGGUGGGCUGUUGGGAAAAUUGAAAGCAACACGUUUCGCUCUGCCACUGUCCAUAGAGACCAAGAAACGCGAACAUGCAGCUGACAAGUCAUCAGGUGUGCAAUAUUUGAAAAUGGCUCAUGACGAUCCCACUAUGUCACCCAUUAAUUUAAACACAAACUCGGCUCCAAAAACACCGAAAAAUAUUAAUACCCCAUUCCGGACACCCAAAUCGGUGCGAAGAGGUGGUCGUCAGUCAAGUGAACGAAUUCUAGGUACGCCUGAUUAUUUGGCGCCAGAGUUAUUGCUGAAACAAGGUCAUGGUCCUGCUGUAGAUUGGUGGGCAUUGGGUGUAUGCUUUUAUGAGUUUUUAACAGGUAUACCACCAUUUAAUGAUGAAACGCCCCAAAAAGUAUUUGACAACAUUCUUAACAAAAAUAUUGAAUGGCCAGAAGGGGAUGAAGCAUUAUCACCUGAUGCCGUAGAUGCAGUCGAACUGUUACUUACAAUGGAUCCAACCGAAAGACCUGCAGCUAAAGAAGUACAGCAAAUGUCUUUCUUUGAGUGCAUAGAUUGGGAACAUUUAGAGACGGAAGAACCACCAUUUGUGCCAAAUCCCGAGAAUCCCACAGACACUGCAUACUUUGAGGCGCGAAAUAAUAUGCAACACUUAAAAUUGUCAAAUUUUGCUCUUGAAGACUAAAUAACUAAUGCUGUUCGAAUAAGCACUAAAUUAACUAAAUUCUCUCUCAUUAGCAAACGUGCUAAAAUUAAAAAAAAACUAUACAUUGUGAUAAGUAGAAUUAUACUAUAUUAUAUGUUUUAAUAUUUUAAAUGUAUUGUAUUUUGUUAUUUGUUUAAAACCCACCGUUUAACCGGAGCCAGGCUGCAUCCCAUAGAACUCAUUAACAAAACACAGACAUACGAACGCAAACACAAAACAGUUUCUUUUUUUUAAAUUAAUAAAUUUUAAAUUUAAUUAUGAUUUUAUUUUGUUUUUUUUUUAUUAUUAUUUUACUUUUAUUGUUUUUAUGUUCAUUGUAAGUUUUUCUUUUCAGUUUUUUUUUCACAUUCAUUUAGUUUUUUUUAUGAUUAUAUUAAAUGUUUAUUACUUAUGAUUUAAUUGAAAUGCAUACACGAAUACAGACAUCAUGUAUAACUUUAUAAAAAAAAUAUAUAUUUUUAUGAUUUUCUUUUAAUGUUUAAGAGUAUAUUCUAGAGCAUAUUCUUUCUUAUUCCUAUUAUUUCCUUUCAAACUAAUUGGCAUUUGUUUUUCAUUUCUUAUAUAGUUUAUAGUUAAAACAUGUAUAAAUUGGAAGUAAAUUUAAAUUGAAAAUAAAACAACAAAAA